CUAAAUAUAGUCAUGUGUGAUCUUGUUUGAUUUUUCUUAACAUAUAGAUUAUUAAUAUAUAAUUUUUAUAAUUUUUUAAUAUACAAAUUACAAGAUAAAAUGGAUUAAAGAAGUGCAUUGGAUGAUAUGGAGUUCGAGGAGUUCGCCAUCCCCGACGACCAACCAGCGGGGGAGACCGGGGGCUCCCAAACCAACACUGCCAGGACCUUCCCGGUCAAUCCAGAGACCGUGGAAAUCCUUGACGAAGAGGAGCCCCAAGACGACCGGUCUAAGGGGAAGGAAAAGGAAAAGACCGGCCGUCGGACGAAAAAUGUGGCCACCACGCACCCUUCUUACGCUAAGAAGAGGGCAAGGUCAGAUCCUGAGCCGGCCGGCCAGACCAUCGAGGAGGCUUUCGUCAAUCUGGGGCUGAGGCUGAAGGAGGUAAGUUCUGCUGCUAUCCCAGUCUUGAUCCCUUUGUUACUAUUCGAAAAUCUUACCGGGCUUAUUUUUCCUUUUGUGCAGGCGGGGGAGAUUGGACCCCUCACAGCUGACCGGCUUGGUUUAGGCUCUCCCUCGGAGUUUGCCCGGCUGACGAAGGAGAAGGAGGAGAUGGCCCUCAUCUUGAAGAGCCAGGCUGAUGAGCUGAUCAGGCUGUCGGGGCUAGCCGGGGCCAUGAAGACCGAGAUCUCCCAGCUGAAUGAGGAGAAUGGCCGGCUCAUGGAUGAAGUCUCUGAGGCCAAGAGGGAGAUGACGGAGAAGGAAGAAAACUUCCCCGGGCGCGCAGCUGCCUGGGUUGAGGAAAAUAAGGCCGAAGCUUCCCGGGUUCUGACGGCGAGCCUAGAAGCUACCAUGGAAUCCUUCAGGCUUCUAUACCGGGAGCCUGAAGGAAAGAAGAUGAUUACCGCCGUUGGAUCUUUCGGAUUCAAGUGCGGUCAAAAGAAAGACCGGGCAGCUUCCCACCGGAUCCUCCUGAAGAGAGACCCGGCCUUCACUGCGGCUUCCUACAGCCUGGCUCCUAUCCCAGAGGAAGAGCCUACUCCCCCUUUCCCCUUAGAUUAGGAUCUCCUCGGCCUAGACCGGUUGUGUUUGUAAAACCUCAACUUGAAAUUUCCCCGGGGAUGCUCGGUGUAGCUGUAAACACUUAACAUUU